AUGGCCUGCAACAACAUCUGCCGACCCUGCGGACCCACCCCGCUGGCCAACAGCUGCAACGAGCCCUGUGCCCUGCAAUGCCAGGAUUCCCGCGUCAUCAUCAACCCUUCCCCUGUGCUGGUCACCCUGCCAGGACCCAUCAUGACCUCCUUCCCCCAGAGCACCGCCGUCGGAUCCACCUCCUCCGCUGCUCUGGGCGCUGAGCUCAGUGCCCAGGGACAGCCCAUCUCUGGUGGAUCUGGCUUUGGCCUUGGCUACGGCCUGGGCUAUGGCUGUGGAUUUGGCUACGGGCUGGGAGGCCUGGGCUGCUAUGGCAGAAGGGGCUAUCGCUACAACUGCUGA